AUGAAUUUUGAUGCAUAGACCGUGUUAGUGACAUAAAUGGGUAAAAAAAGGAUAAUUGAGUCUAUUCCAUUCCAAGAAAGCCCAACUAUGCUUUUAAAUUACAAGAAAAUUUUGGCCACUAGAAUAAUUGAACACUAAAGAUCAAAAUUCAAGGGUUUUGACGAUUCAGAUUAAAAAUUUUGA